AUCUAUAGCGUAAUAAAUAUCUGAUACGGUUAGAAUGGUUACUUUACCAUCAAAAUCAAGUUAUAUCUCAGUAACAAACCAUUGAGAAUUAAGAUUAUCUCAAAAAUCAAAUUUUAAAGCCUGAUUUUUCUCCGCAGCCACAGUUUAAUAUUUGGAUCGUACAAUUUUGGAACCACUUUCAAAAUUUUCAUAAUCAAAUAGUGUUGAAGUUAAAUUCUCUUUCGUCAAUUUAAUAUAAAUAAUUUAGAAAAUCAUUCAUUUAUACAAGUUAGAUAUUUUGGUAUAGAACAUUAUAGUAAUGACCAAAUUAGAUAUCGAGUCAAUUGCUAUUAUUGGUGCAGGUCCAGGUGGAAUUGCAUCAUUAUAUGAAUUUCUUCAUACUAAUAAAGAUGGAACAUCAACAGUUGGACAAGCUGUUUCGACUAAUCCAAAGUUUACCAAGGUCGUUGCUUUUGAACAAAAGGAUACUGCUGGAGGGAUAUGGUCAGCUCCUCCUUCAUUUGAUAAAACCGAUUUAGCUAUUCCACCUCAAGAAAUCUUGGAUACUGAAAAAUAUAAUGAUGCAAGUGUGAUUCAUCCUCCUGCUAAAGUACCAGAAGGGUUAGAAGGAACAAGUUUUGAAAAGCCUUUGGAAUUGAAAGAGAAUAAGUUAUCCAGUGAUUUAGAAUGGAAGGCUUCUGGUAUUUUCCCUGAUUUAUUUUCUAAUAUUCCUUCGAGAUACAUGAGAUUUUCAUAUAUCAAAAAUGAACCAGAAUAUCUUGAUCGAAGUAGAACCAUCUACCCUUUCAUACAUCACCAAGAACAAACUGGUAGAUUUGAGAAAUUCAUCAAAGAUGAAAAAUUAUAUGAUAAUAUCAGAGUUAAUUCUACGGUUGAACGAGUUACCAAAACACCAAAUGGAAAAUGGAUUGUGACCGUGAGACAAAAAGAUCCUAUUCACAAUAAAGAAUAUUGGUAUAAUGAACAAUUCGAUGGUGUUGUGAUUUCUAACGGUCAUUAUACCCUUCCAAAUAUCCCUCGUAUUGAAGGAUUAUCUCAAUUUAACAAAAACUUUCCUGGUGUUUUGAAUCACGUUAAGAAUUAUAGAAAUCAACAUGAUUAUAAAGAUAAGAAGGUUUUGAUAGUAGGAGGUAGUAUAAGUACCAUUAAUCUGUUACAAUAUAUUGUACCUGUUGCCAAACAUGUGGUUAAUUCUAAAAGAGGUAAACAUCUUGUAUUUCCAUGGAUCAAUGAUGCAUUAGUUUCUAAAGGUAUUGAUUCCAGGGGUACUAUUGAAAGAAUUGAUCCUGUCACAGGUGAAUUCUUCUUUAAGGAAGGUGCUUCCGAAAAGGGAUUCGAUGAAGUACUUUUCACAACUGGAUAUCAUUUCAAUUAUCCAUUUUUAGACCAAAAUCAUGAAGGUGUCAAAGUUAUAAACCCUUCGAAUUCUUCAAGAGUAAGUGGUCUCUACUACAACACAUUUUCCAUUGAUGAUCCUACCCUAGCUACAGUUGGUGUAACAUUAUCGACAUUGAAUUUCCACACCAUUGAAUCAAGUGCUGCUUCUAUUGCUGGUGUGUGGUCUGGUAGUAAGACUCUACCUUCCAAACAAGAGCAACAAAAGUGGGAAGAAGAUCACCUUCAUGAUACCAAAAAUAAUAUUUCUUUCCAUUAUUAUACUCAUAGACAAGCUAAAGCUGGUAUCAUUGAUCCUUUAUUCCAAUAUGCUCCUGAAGGAAGAUACAAUCCAUUAGAAUUUGAUGAACCUUACCUUAGUGAUGUUGAAACUGGUAUACAAUCCAUUGAAAGAUUAUUCUACGGCUUGAAAGACGGUACCAUCCCCAAAAGUAAAACUCUCUUACAAUCUUAGACCCCGUUUAGAUUUAAUGAUUCUCGUAUUAGACUUUCCUUCUUGUAUUUGUAAUGAAUGAUUUGAUAUGAUUUAUUCUUUCUGUAAUUGUGUAAAAAAAAUAUGGUAGCAGCG